UUCCCUCCUUUUUCUCCCUUUCCUCUUUUCCCUACUCCCUCCCUCCCUCUAAAACAGAAAAGGGAAAACCUUAAACCCAUUAUUUUUCCAUCUGCUUUGCACCAUACCAUUACCAGGGACGCAUCGCUCACCAUCUCCGAUAGGGGUCCGCCGCUGUUCGCCUGCAAGCCACUCGUCACACCGUCGUUCGCCUGCACUUCAGUUCAACAUUCAUUAUUGAUCAUCUCCGUUAGGGAGCCGCAAUCCCUAUUCUCCCUGGUUUACGGCUGGCUGAAUAGCCGCAAUCUCACCAGCUUCAGCAGAUACGUAACCGUGAACAAUAAUAGUUGAAGCUUCCUUCGGAAGACAUGUUGCACAACAAGUCGUUUGUUAAAAAGACGAAGUCUGGGAGGGUGAUGAAGCAAGUGAGAGAACACUAUCUUCGAGAUGAUAUAUAUUGUGGGGCUUCGAUUUGCAAAAAGUGUGAUUCUUCAGUUGCUCGCUUGGGUUCUUCUACAUCGCCAAUUCUAGUUCUCGACACUAAUGUUGUUCUUACUCAGAUUGAUUUGCUUGAGAAUCCUGCUAUUGAUGACGUGGUUAUGCUAUCAGUUGUGCUGGACGAGGUCAAAAAUAAGAACCUGUCUGUUUACAACAGAGUUAGAGCUCUCUGCAGCAAUCCCCUGCGGAGAUUCUUUGUUUUCUCUAACGAGCACCACAAGGAUACAUAUAUUAAGGACAUGAGUGGAGAAAGUAAAAAUGAUCGAAAUGAUAGAGCUAUUCGAGUGGCUGCUCUGUGGUAUCAGAAUCAUCUUGGUGGUGCUACUCGUGUUCUACUCAUAACCAAUGACAGAGAGAAUAGGAGAAAGGCUAUUGAAGAGGGAAUUUGUGCAGAGACAAGUAUGUUAGAUGUUUAUUUACUUUUAGCUUCGCUUAAAGCCUCUUGGUAUCUACCAUUUGUUGAAUCAUAUGUUAGAUCAUUGGGGCAAACUCAUUUACUUGAUCUGUUAGUGCAAAGUGCAAAUGAAGAUGCAAAUAUGGAGGAUGUUGAAGAUUUAAGGCCAUCGAAGAGAAAGGUUCUUUACUCUGAGCAUAAACCCAUGUCAGAAAUUACUUCUGGUUUGCAUCGUGGUAUAUAUCAUCAAGGAAAGCUCCGUGUUAAUCGAUACAACCCAUUUGAAGCAUAUGUUGGAAGUGAAAGUAUUGGUGAUGAAAUUAUUAUUUAUGGGCGUACCAACAUGAACCGGGCUUUUGAUGGUGACGUUGUGGCAGUUGAACUUCUGUCUCGAGAUCAGUGGCAUGAAGAGAAGUCUCUGACUAUAGCAGAUGAAGAAGAUGAUGAGGAAGAAGAUGUUCAUCUUGUUCCUGGUAGCUCUGAUGAUGCUCCAAGAGCUGCAUCUGCACUACAGGGCUCUAGUGGAGAUUCUUCUUCUAGUUCACCACGCCCAGCUGGACGUGUCAUUGGUAUCAUAAAGCGUAACUGGCAUUCUUAUUGUGGUUCUUUGGAUCCAAUGCCUAUGCCUGCUGGAAGUGGUGGCGUCGCCUAUGCUCUAUUUGUUUCCAAAGAUCGUCGGAUUCCUAAAAUUAGAAUCCAGACUCGUCAGCUUGAGAAUCUUUUGGACAAGAGAAUUAUUGUAGCAGUUGAUUCUUGGGACCGUCUUUCUAGAUAUCCUUCAGGACAUUAUGUGCGAUCUAUAGGAGAAAUAGGUGAUCGAGAUACAGAAAGUGAGGUGGUCUUAAUUGAAAACGAUAUAAACUCCAGGCCAUUUUCUUCACAAGUUAUGGCAUGCUUGCCUCCAUUACCAUGGUCAGUGUCUCCUGUUGAUAUUGCAAACCCCAUUCGACAGGAUUUGCGGCAUUUAAAUGUUUUCAGUGUGGACCCUCCAGGUUGCAAAGAUAUUGAUGAUGCACUUCACUGUACAGCUCUUCCAAAUGGAAAUUUUGAAGUUGGAGUUCAUAUUGCUGAUGUAACAAAUUUUGUUCAUCCGGGCACUGCAUUGGAUGACGAGGCUGCGCAAAGGGGCACAUCAGUCUACCUUGUUGAGCGGAGGAUAGAUAUGCUUCCGAAACCAUUAACAGAAGAUAUAUGUUCUCUUCGAGCUGAUGUGGAAAGACUGGCAUUUUCAGUAAUUUGGGAAAUGACAUCUGAAGCCGAUAUUGUUUCUACUAGCUACACCAAAAGCAUCAUUAAGUCAAGUGCUGCAUUGUCUUAUGUUGAAGCUCAGGCAAGGAUGGAUGACAGUCGAUUGAUGGAUCCAAUAACUAGAGACUUGAGAAAUAUGAAUGCUUUAGCAAAGAAAAUGAGGUUGAGACGAAUUGAGAGAGGAGCUUUGACUCUUGCUUCUGCUGAAGUGAAAUUUCAAAUUGACACUGAGACGCAUGACCCUCUUGAUAUUGGUAUGUAUCAAAUUCGAGAAGCUAACCAAAUGGUUGAGGAGUUUAUGCUUGCAGCAAAUGUUUCAGUAGCAGAAAAAAUUCUUAAACAUUUCCCGCUGUGUUCGUUAUUAAGGCGCCAUCCUACUCCUACUAAAGAGAUGCUCGAACCUUUGAUUCGCACAGCUGUAGCUGUUGGUCUUGAUUUGGAUGUUUCAUCAUCCAAAGCUUUGGCUGAUUCUCUUGAUCGUGCAUUGGGUGAUGAUCCGUACUUCAAUAAGCUGAUCAGAAUACUAGCUACUAGAUGUAUGACACAGGCAGUUUACUUCUAUAGUGGAGACCUCAGUCCUCCAGAAUAUCAACAUUAUGGGCUUGCAGCUCCUCUGUAUACUCAUUUCACCUCUCCUAUUCGACGAUAUGCAGAUGUCAUCGUGCACAGAUUGCUCGCUGCAUCUUUAGGAAUAUUCAAACUUCCAACGCUAUUCCUUGACAGACCGAAACUCACUACAAUUGCAGAUAAUUUAAAUUAUCGACACAGAAAUGCCCAAAUGGCUGGCCGGGCUUCAGUGGAGCUUCAUACUCUAAUUUACUUCAAAAAACGGCCUACGGACACAGAGGCCAGAAUAGUGAAGAUAAGAUCAAAUGGUUUUAUAGUAUUUGUUCCCAAAUUCGGUAUCGAAGGACCGGUCUACUUGUCAGGUAAAAGUGAGAAGCAAAGUGGAGAAUGGUUUGUGGAUGAACAAGAACAAAAAAUCAAGAAGUUAGAUGGAAGCAUAACAUACAACAUUCUACAAGCGGUGAGAAUUCACAUGGAAGUUGUGGAGCCCCAACCAAAUAGACCAAAGCUCCAGCUUACUCUUCUUUAAACUUAAUUUUACUCCUCUAGGAAACAACAAACACUUUUGUACGAGUAAAAGGUAGGAAAAUAGAAUCCUUUCCAGAAAGUUGGGAAUAUUGUAGCAAAAUUUCACUCAUGUUAGAAGGUUGGAACAAUGUAAAUUUACCUUUAUUCAAAAUAUUUAUUACACAUUUUUUCAAGUUAAAACUUUAUUAUUUA